CCGCGGGCCUUGUAGCCAUUUUAGGAGGAAACCCGGAUCGUCGGCUUGGGGCGCGGCUUCAAUUUCAAUAACUUUAUUGGUCUCCCCGUACGCCGAACAGCCGGCGUGCGUGUGGCCCCGCGAUCCCGGAGCGCAUCGCCGGAGGUUACCCCGACUGGAGCUGCAGCCAUGGGAAACACCACCAGCGAGCGGGUGUCCGGCGAGCGCCAUGGUGCCAAGGCUGCGCGAGCCGAGGGCGGCGGCCAUGGCCCGGGCAAGGAGCACAAGAUCAUGGUGGGGAGCACCGACGACCCCAGCGUCUUCAGCCUGCCCGACUCCAAGCUCCCCGGGGACAAAGAGUUUGUACCGUGGCAGCAGGACUUGGAUGAUUCUGUGAAGCCCACCCAGCAGGCCCGGCCCACCGUUAUCCGCUGGUCUGAAGGAGGCAAGGAGGUCUUCAUCUCUGGGUCCUUCAACAAUUGGAGCGCCAAGAUUCCCCUGAUUAAGAGUCAUAACGACUUUGUUGCCAUCCUGGACCUUCCAGAGGGAGAGCACCAGUACAAGUUCUUUGUGGAUGGACAGUGGGUUCAUGACCCAUCAGAGCCUGUGGUUACCAGUCAGCUUGGCACAAUUAAUAAUUUGAUCCAUGUCAAGAAAUCUGAUUUUGAAGUAUUUGAUGCUUUAAAGUUAGAUUCCAUGGAAAGCUCUGAGACAUCGUGUCGAGACCUAUCCAGCUCACCCCCAGGGCCUUAUGGUCAAGAAAUGUAUGUGUUUCGAUCUGAGGAGAGAUUCAAAUCCCCACCCAUCCUGCCCCCUCACCUACUCCAAGUUAUUCUUAACAAGGACACUAAUAUUUCAUGUGACCCAGCCUUACUUCCUGAGCCCAACCAUGUCAUGCUGAACCAUCUCUAUGCGCUGUCCAUUAAGGAUAGUGUGAUGGUUCUCAGUGCAACCCACCGCUACAAGAAGAAGUAUGUCACCACGCUGCUGUAUAAGCCCAUUUGAAGAGGACAUCACUCCUUGCCUCCAAGGAUUCUGGAGAAGCAUCUCCCUUGCCUUUGAACUGAGCCGGUCUCCUGUGAGGCUGGAAGGCUGAUUUGUGUUGAGGCUGAUAUGUGUGUUUCAGAGCCUCUGAGUAGGGUGCUCUGCUUUUACAUUUGAUUGCAGAUGAGAGCUUUAUGAGUUCACGGAGUUUAUUUUCAGAGAAACAAAACCAUAUAUAUGCAUAUGAGAGGAAGGUUACUGGAUGCCUCCUAGCCCAGCUGGAUAGGUUCUCUCUGCCUGGCCAGAGAGAAGUCGCCAGGGCCUGAGUGGGAAGCUGUGGCCGCAUCAAUGAGUAUACUGGAAGCUUCUUUUCCUAAAGUGAAAGAAUAGCAAACUCUUAGGAUCCUUGUCAGGCAGAGGUUCUGCCACUGUACCCUGGUGUCAAAGGGUCAGCCUUGUGCCCGGCUGCUGCCCUCCUUACAGCUGCCUCAUUGCAGGGUGGCUUUCCUUGCAUGGAUUGAUUCUGUAUUCCUACAGUAUGUGACACAGUGUUUUUAUAUGACACUAGAUGCCCCACAAGAAGCCUCCUCAUUUUAUGUCCCCUGUUUAACGGUUUCCCUAGUGCUCAUACAUGACUACUCAGUAAAGUGAAAACCCCUUUGAAAAGGUGUAUGGGAUUAGACUCACCUUGGAGACUCGAGUUGCCAGGGUCUUCUUUUUAGCCUAGCACGGACCCAACACAAUUUAUUACAACUUGUUUUAAUGUCUGAAGAAACACAAUGGCUCAAUUUUAAGAGAAAUGCACAUCUUUGUGUUUCGGUUUGGGCCUGUGUAUUGGCUGUAUGGCACACGCUCACGGGCUUCCACUGGGCCUGGCCCUGUUUCCAGCUGUUCUUUAUCAGAGCACACGGUUUGUAGUGUGAAAUUAGGAAACCUUCCAGCUUUCAUUCCUGAAAGAGUUUUAUGUGCCUACAUUUUUCUUUAAUUUAAAAAAAAAAAAAAAAAAAAAAAAAGCAUGUCCAUCAGUUUUAACAGCUACUAAAGAAGCUCACGCUUUUGACAAAUGGUUCUUAAGAUUUUCUUCUCCAGUCUAGGGAAUUCUGCAGUCUUGGGUUAAUAUGGCCAGCCAUGUGUACCUCACUACCCAAGCACUACUUUAGACAUGCAGGCUCAUUAGACGGACAUACUAGAUUUCCCUACUUUAAAGAUGUGUAAGAUGAGGAACUGCCCCUGGGAUUCAAAACCGUGUACAUUAUUGCUCUUUGCACCGAGUAUUAACAAGAUGUGUUCUUCCUUGGCCUCUUUUAAAUCUGUUUGACGGUGAAGUGGAUCACUGAUGACCACUGAAUGAAAAGUAUUCAACCCACGCAGGAUUCACAGGAAAUAUUUUCUCCAAGUAUCUUGACACUUCUGUUUUGCAGAUAAAUGCAAGUCAAGCAUUAAGCGUUGUUUAUGGUUGAGAGACUUCUUGUCUGCUAAGAAGAGCCAGCCGCCCUGAGAGGGACCCGUAGGUCAGUGUAGCUACCUCCUGACUUGCCCACACAUGGGCUCAGCAGUCCUCUGGAUUCUGAGACCUCUUUGAUCCCAAGUGUGAAGCAGGGAGAUGUGGGGAUGCUUCACAGGAAAUACAGGUUGCUGGAUGCCUUGGUAGGUAACUGGGUGACUGGGGUAAGUACUGCCUCAGCCCUCCCAAGCCACUGCCCUCCUCCUCCCUUGUGGAGAACCUUUGCUCUCCAGUGGGCUUUCCGGAUCGUGUGCCAUUGUGGAAACUAAGGUCUAACCCAUAGCAUAACCAGCUCGGAGGCUCAUUUAGAAGUGGGCCAUGGAGGAGUUCGGAGUGUUGAUUGUUACGUAGUGGUUUCUGUUGUAUCUGCACUUGUUAACAGAGUUGCUGGAACCGUCUGUGUGUUCAUGUCUACAGUUUUUACUGCACACAGGUGUGGCCGUGGCAGGGGAGGGAAGCUGUCUUCAGUUUCAGCCGAGGCUCUGUGGUCAGGUGUGGCUGUGGUGACAGGGUUUCGGUGCUGGUGACCUUCAGAUCCUUCUCAUCUGGAAAUGACAGUUCCUAGUUCUCAAGUCAUCCCCAGCCGAACUUGAACUUCCAGCUGGUGUGGAAGGAAGGAGUGGGUGAGGGGGGCUGGCUGGUGACUCCGGUGUUGCCCUGCCUGCUGGUGUCUGGCCCCGGGGAGCUCUGUGACUGCUUUUCUUUUAGUUUAAGCUACAGUUUGUUUUCUGUACUAAAAGUUUGGUAGAAUUGGAAAUAAGACAAAAACAUUUUAGUCUUUUUAAAAUUUACUUUUUUCCUUCACCUAUGGGAAUUUUGUAGUCCAAGUUGGUAGAAUAAAACAGCCUGUAAGGAGGGCUAACUCUUGACCACCUGAGAUAUAGAUUGAGGGUUAUGAGGAAAUGGAGUACUGAAUGAGCUGAGGAAUGGUACCAGGAAACUGAAGGAUCGAGUAACUUGAAACUGAAAAUAUCCUCUUUAAAAGAAAAGCAAUUCAAGCCAGACACAACCUGGAUCCUUGGAUUUCAUUGUACAGAAAGCCUAGCAGCCUGCUAAAUGUCUUCUCUCGGUCUCCUGGUGCCUCUAUUCGCUCCCUUUCCUCUGCAUUCUGUUUGACUUGGUUUAUCAACAAGACAAGCUCACCAGGGUCUCAAGUCCAUGUUGCCUAAAACUUGGGUCUGUGACUUGGACAGUGUGAAGAACUUCCAUAGUAUGGUUAUAGGCUUCCUGUCUACCUAGACUUGAGUAGGAUUAUCCACUGUCGGCAACACCCCUGAAGGGCACACCUAGCUUCAAGAGCACUAGCUUCGUAAGUAUGAACUGCAAAGGAAGAAGCUGCGUUUCUCAGAGGAACCUUGACCCACUCCUGUUUGGUUUUGAUUUCUUAUAGAUCUGCUGGAUCUUCCAUAAAUCUUUCCCAAGGUGUCAGUAUUCCAUGCAUGCUGCUAAAGGGAAGGGAAGGGAAAGUGGGGGAUGGGGCUUUCAAAUGUGUGACCUCAGAACAAUAUGCACCUGUCCGUGUGUGUGUGUGUGUGUGUGUGUGUGUGUGUGUGUGUGUGUGUGUGUGUGUGUAAGUGAGUUUGUGGUAUUCACUCUGUCCUCAGAGACACUUUUGUUUUCGUGAUUUGGGGCAGAAGAGCAGAUAACUAUUUUAUUCCUGUAUUAGGACUUAUCCUCAAAGCCAAGUUCUUGCUGUCUUCUAUCAGGCUACAUGAAUAGGAGCCCCAGCAGGAAUAAGAGUCUUUCAGAACUCUAGGGGUCUAGGCAUCUGUCUGUCCUUUAGUGACAGUCACAGCUGGAGACUGAAGGACUGAUUUCUACAGUGAAUUUAGUGUUUGGGAUAAAAAGCCAAAUCUUUUUUCAAUUAUAGGAAAGAAGAAAAAAAAACCUCAAGUCUGCUCCUUGUAGGAUCUACUCCCUCAAGAAGUCUAAGCUGGACUUUGUCUCAGCUUGUGUUUCUCACUAGUGAUUUCAAGUAAGCAAGCUUCUUUAAAAAUAAAAAGACUCUAUUAUAGUUCCGACACUAGUUGGAAUUGAUUUGAAUUGUGUGUGGGACAGUGCUUUUGCAUUAAGAUUGGUGUGAAAUACUAACUACUAGGGAUUUGUAGGUGUCAGAUUACAUAGUCAAGGGACACCUACACUAAGGGUUGAAUCAGAUGUUGACUAUCUUCUGUUGCCCUCUGUAGAGAACCUUCCCCACUUUACCAUUUUAGGACAGCCAGAGAGCAAUGUUCGUUUGUCCUAAGUUAUGUACUGGGUGGCCUAUCUGAGACAUGUUUGAAUUUGACAGAUACUGGUUGUUUACACUAUAGCACUUUUUGUUAUGAAGCAGGGGUGAUUUAAUUUGAAGACAGUUAAAUAUGCAUGAGUCUCUUAAACGGUGCUGUUUGUGGCCUUUGAUGCUGAUACACAAAGCUGCUUCAGUAUUUCACAACUGGACACAAGUUCACCACUGGACUGUGACAUGCCUGAAAACUGUAUAAUGUAACACAAAAAUGUGGGUUUGUUUUUUCCAUAAAUCUGUCUAAUAAAAGUAUUAUACAGCAAUAA